UCCUGUAGGGCUAUUUGGAGAGUGAGCCCUUUAAACCAGGGAGAGGAAUUGGGCGUUUAAUUCUCAUUUAUCGAGGUCACGUACAAAAUUCAACCCUGUUUACAGUCUCCUCUACCCGGAAAAUUUUUAAAGAUUUCCUCUAAAACUGAGAAUUUCAGUUUGGACUGCUCGCCCCCUGACCUUAUCUCCAGUUCCAAUUAUUUCCCCUUAAUAACCCUAAUAGACUCAACCAUGCCCUUGGUCUUUUCUCGUCUGCUGUUGCGGGCACCUUUCUCUGUGCGCUUAAAGAUUCAUUCUGUAGACAAUUUACCUGCUUCAGAAAGGCCUUCAACAUCAUGUUUUGUGUUUGCCUGACAAGUAAAUUAAGAUGCCACUCAAUGACGGGCAACCCUCCACAUCCACGAGCGAUGACCAGAAUAGCGACACUGAAUCCUCAGAGCGAUGUGACAGCAUGACUUCAUCCAGUGACACUGAAUGUUCCCGACAGAGCUUUACCAGUGGCUCCUCCAGCAAGCACAGCUCCCCAGCAUCAAGCCCUCCUAAAAUGGUUACAUUUGAUGAACUUAUGACCGCUGCAAGAGACCUGUCUAACCUGAGUUUGGCACAUGAAAUAGUUGUGAAUGGAAACUUCAAAGUGGAACAGCCUGAACUGCCUGAGAAUAGUUUGGAGAGGAAAGUGAAAGAAAUUGUUCACAAGGCAUUUUGGGAUCGCUUGGAGGCAGAACUCAAUGAAGACCCUCCUGUGUAUGAAUAUGCCAUCAGACUAGUAGAAGAAAUUAAAGAGAUUCUACUCUCAUUCCUCAAUCCUGGUGCAAAUCGACUUCGGAACCAGAUCUGUGAAGUUCUAGACAUGGAUCUCAUACAGCAACAAGUUGAUAACGAUGCUGUGGACAUCCAUGGACUAGAAAACUACAUUAUUACAGUCAUGGGAAAGCUGUGUGCCCCGGCACGGGAUGAUGAUGUCAAGAAGUUAAAAGAAAUUUCUGACAUUGUCCCAUUGUUUCGGGAGAUUUUUCGUGUGCUGGAUCUAAUGAAAAUGGAUAUGGUCAAUUUUACAAUUAAUAACAUUCGACCCCAGCUGCAGAUGCAGUCUGUUGAGUAUGAAAGAACCAAGUUCCAGGCUAUUUUAGACCAAACUCCCAAUGCACUGGACCACACAACUGAGUGGAUGAAGGAGUCCCUUGAUGAACUAAUGGCUGUAAAACCGUGCACUAGCCCGUCCGCCUCUGGUGCUGAAAACCAUACCAGUGGCAUCCCCAGCCCAAUGUCGGUGUUGAAUAAGUUUUACAUUAAACUUUUGGACUGGGACUGCCAGAAGAAAGUGUUGCCUGAGACUCUGAUGACAGAUGAGACCCGCCUCCUAGAGCUGCAGAAAAGCCUGGAGCUGUACAAGGCAGUAGCAGCUGUGUUGUUGAUAGUCUACAAUGCAAUAGGAGGACCCAUUUCGGGCUUGCCAGUUUUGGCUGACCAGCUAAAAAAGAUCACUAGUGUUCUUCUUGAAGGGAUUCACAUCAAAUCAUUUAACAGGACUGAGGCACUUGAAAAUGUAAGUGCUCAAAUUUGCACUGAGCUGAAUAAGUCUCUGACUGAGCGAGGUUAUCCUGCACUCCCGGCUCACGUCCAGGUUGCUCUGACUGGGCAGAUCUGCACCAUUGUGCAUAAGGACAACUCUAUCUUUAAUCUCAUUGAUGAGCGAGUCCACUCGUACAUGAAACUUAGCAUUGUUCCAAAUUCCCACACCCAGCCACCUGCUAUUCUUGGAGGGCUUGCACUCAUUCAGCCCGAGCUGGAGGUAAUCCGGGCCCAGUUUAACAGCAUCGUCAACUUCAAUAAACAAGUGUACUGUCCCUUUUAUGGAAAGAUCCUGCGGAAAUUGCUGUUAAGUGAAGCACCACAGGGAACUGCAGAAGCUGGAACGCCUAGUGUAUCUGUUGAAUGAGCAGUUAAUGGGACCAUACUUAGUAUUAUGCUUAAUAAACCUUGUGCCACUUCCUUGCAUGAAAUUGUGCUGUAGAUUUUAUUUUUAACAGAGAACCAGUUACACCUGAGAGAGACAACUUCUUUAUUUUUUAUUUUUUUUUAGACGUGGAUGUCGCUUGUAAUCUGUGAUUUAUAUAUAUAUAACCUGUCGACUCAUUUCGUAGUGCAUUCAAAAUGUUGGAUAAGUAAAUUAGCCUUUUCAGGUGGUGCUAAAAGUUAUAUGAUUUUCUCAGUGGUGUAGUGGUUAAAAAAUAAAAAAUUGGGUAAACGCCUCUGUCUGGUGGAAUUGAACAGAUAGAUUCAACAGAGCUAGAUUGAACAUGAACAGAUACAUUGUUAUUGGCCCUCAGCUAACCAGAGCCCCCCAUACAGUCCUUUCCCUCUCGGGUGCUGUUCAGACCCGACGGUGCGCUUCACGUGUAUAGUUCUGUGACCGUCCUUUCGUGGGCUAGGAUGAAGGCUACUAACAGGUCCCGUCUGCCCAACAGAACAUAAACAACCAAUCACAGAACACACACACACACACACAGGACACGCAGUCCAAUGGCUACGACCUCCUGCUCCCGCCACAGUUCUGACUGAGCUCUCAGCUGUUGGUCUUGUACGCAGCAACACAACACAGGUGCUCACUGUUAAAAUAUGUUGUCUUUAACCUAGUAUUUGCACAUCACAGGAGAGUAGAAAUGAGUAAACUCUGUAUCCCUUAUAUGAGAUGUGGGUAAACACUAUAUUGCCCAAAUUAAAAGUGGGUAAACGCUGUUUACCUGCGUAUACCCUCGACUACACCACUGGGUUUUCAUACUUAUAUAUAGAGAAAGAUUUUAUAUAAACAUAGUCUUGAUAAAUAUAUGAAUAACAGACUACUUUUUGGAAUCAAAUGUAGAUGUUUAUGCUUUAUGUAAAAUAUGAAAAUGUGUUGAUAACUGUUCCUUCUAGAAUCUGCUUUUUUCAUGUACACUAUGUAGUUGGUGUGGGUUGAAGUUGGGAUUAUUAAUUAUUGCAUUUUCUAUUUUUCAUCCCACUUUUUUAGAUCUAUUUGACUAACUUUUUCAUAAAGGCUUUUUUUUUUGGGGGGGGGGGGUAUGGCUGUUACUAUUAUCCAUUUAUAAGAAAGGGAAACUAUAUUGUGUAUAAUAUAAAUAAACUCCCUCUUCUAGGA